UCAUUAUUCCUCACCUGCGUCCAUAUUAGGAGUCAGUCGUGUUGCUGUUAGGGAUCCCGCACCUAAUUCUACUAGAGAGGAGUAGCCUUAGGUUUUGUAGCUUUUCUUCUCCCGCUGGUUGCUAGGUGCUGGAGGUGUAUAACAGUUCAGGCUAGGUUCUCGCAUUUUCCAGCUUGAGAAAAACGUGGUCCUUACAUCGUCAUUCUUUACAACAUCCUCUGUUCAUUCUAUCUCUAUCACUUCGAAUAUAUUCAAGAUCUGUCAUUUUUACUUCAGGCAGACAUUAGCUCGUUCCCUUUUUUCAUUAACAAAGGAACCAAAAUAAAAACCAAGCAAAACCUUAGAGAACCAUGGAUGACGCGACAUUGGACGAUAUCAUCAACAGACUACUAGAUGUGAGAAACGGCCGGCCAGGGAAGCAAGUUCAGCUGACAGAAGCAGAGAUUCGAAGUCUUUGUACCACGUCUCGGGAUAUUUUCUUACAGCAGCCCAAUCUUCUGGAACUGGAGGCUCCGAUCAAGAUCUGUGGCGACAUACACGGGCAGUACUCGGACCUACUGCGCUUGUUCGAGUAUGGCGGAUUCCCUCCUGAAGCUAACUACCUGUUCAUGGGGGACUAUGUGGACCGGGGCAAGCAGAGCCUGGAGACUAUCUGCUUGCUGCUGGCGUACAAGAUCAAGUACCCCGAGAACUUCUUCCUCCUGCGGGGGAACCACGAAUGCGCCUCCAUCAACCGCAUCUACGGCUUCUACGACGAGUGCAAGCGAAGGUACAACAUCCGGCUGUGGAAGACGUUCACGGAGUGUUUCAACUGCCUGCCCGUGGCGGCGCUUAUAGACGAGAAGAUCCUCUGCAUGCACGGCGGCCUCUCCCCGGAGCUGCGCUCCCUGGACCAGAUCAAGAAGAUCGGACGGCCCACAGACGUUCCUGACGCGGGGCUGCUGUGCGAUCUGCUGUGGGCGGAUCCGGACAAGGACAUCCAGGGGUGGGGGGACAACGACCGUGGCGUGUCGUACACGUUUGGCCCUGACGCUGUGACGGAGUUCCUGGACAAGCACGACCUGGACCUGGUGUGCCGGGCGCACCAGGUGGUGGAGGAUGGCUAUGAGUUCUUUGCCAAGCGCCAACUGGUGACGGUCUUUUCAGCGCCGAAUUACUGUGGCGAGUUUGACAACGCGGGCGCCAUGAUGAGCGUGGAUGAGAGCCUCAUGUGCUCCUUUCAGAUCCUCAAGCCUGCGGAGAAGAAGCCCAAAUUCGGCUAUGGCGGCAAUGUGGGCGGCCGAGGCAUGAUGCGCGGACGGGGGUAUGGAGGAAAGUGAGCUGGUAACAGAAAAUGAUGUUGGUACAUCUUGAAUUCGCUCCCUUGAUCAUCAAGGGUUUAGAAGGACGCAAGCGAGAUGCCACUUUUUGUUGUGGAACGAAUAAGGGGAGUUUGAUGCUCGCUUGGUCUAGAAAGCCGGUUUGGUGUGAUGCAUUAACUUGGGAGGACUCAAAAGUAGAGUAUCUUGCAGGAAUAAUUCCGUGGGCGACCUUUAAUUCGAGGGCCUGGAUUUUGCCUCGUGUGUGCUAAAAGAUCAUACAGUCUGACCAGCAGUAGUGUAGAUUGAUUCUGAUAACG